CUGAUGACAAAUUCAUUCAAGUUUCAAUCAACCAGCUGUAGAUGUUCUAAAAUUGCGUAUAAUUUUGUUAGAAAUAAUUGAAAAUUCGUUUUGUAUUGCUACUUAUUGAAGGAACUAAAUUACUUUUGUAAUCCGUUUACUAACAUUGUGUUAAAAUGGCAUACGCCUAUCUUUUUAAAUACAUCAUCAUCGGGGACACAGGUGUGGGUAAAUCAUGUUUACUCCUUCAAUUCACGGACAAAAGAUUCCAACCGGUGCAUGAUCUCACUAUUGGUGUUGAAUUUGGUGCUCGGAUGAUCACAAUUGAUGGCAAGCAGAUCAAGUUGCAGAUUUGGGACACAGCUGGUCAAGAAGCUUUUAGGUCCAUCACCCGAUCGUACUACCGGGGCGCGGCUGGCGCUCUGUUAGUUUACGACAUCACCAGACGGGAGACUUUCAAUCAUCUCACAACGUGGCUCGAGGACGCGCGACAACAUUCCAACUCGAAUAUGGUCAUUAUGCUUAUUGGUAACAAGAGCGAUCUCGAAUCCCGACGUGAAGUGAAGAAGGAAGAAGGCGAAGCGUUCGCUCGCGAGCACGGCCUCGUCUUCAUGGAGACGUCUGCUAAGACUGCCGCCAACGUCGAGGAGGCUUUCAUCAACACCGCCAAAGAGAUCUAUGAGAAGAUACAGGAAGGAGUGUUUGAUAUCAAUAAUGAGGCGAACGGCAUCAAGAUAGGUCCUCAGCACUCGACAGGCGCCGGGGCGGGCGGCGCGGGGGGCGCGGGCGCGGGCGGCGCGUCCUCCGGUGGCUGCUGUUAGGUGUUGCGCUGCACACACUGACCGGACACUGCUCUACCAAACGUACACUCCGCAGACGAGGCGCAGCUGUGUGCAACGACAGAUUAGUACGAAUAUUCAAAAUGCCGGACUACAAAACAUUAUAAAUGCUAAAAAAUAGCUUGCGUUUGAACCUAAAUAUACAAAAUUAAACAAUUUAAGAUUUAAUACUUAGAAUCAAAAAAUGAUUAAAUUCAAUAGUUAUUAGAAACAUAGAUUACUUCUGUGAUUUAAAUAUUUGCUUCCUAUAAUAAAAUUAAAUCAUUUGUACCAACCGGUAAAUUAAUAUUUCUAAUCAUUUUUCUUGAUGUAAAAAAAAAGCACUGUCCACAGAAUUUAUAUUCAGUAGUAUCAUUCAUCUCAUAAAAUUAUAUAGUAAUUAGUGCUUAUAUAUUUCGGUGUAUAUGUAUUAUUAUAUUUUUAAUUUGCGGAUAUCUUUAGUAUCACUAAUCGAGCAUUUACUUGUAAAACAUAUAAUCCUAAGUAGUGCCGAUUUUAUAUUAUCUAAUACAGAGAAUUGUGAUUAAUGUAUUGUAUCAGUUCAGAUGUUUCAAUUUAUUUAUAUAUUUUAGUUUAUCAUGUUAAAUGUUCAGUCCAAAUUAAGUUUAUUUAUUUAAUGUCAUCUCAAAUUAGGUGAAUAUUUAAAAAAUAUUAUGUACUAGAUAUUUGUUUUUGAAACAAUUGUGAUUUAUUUUCUAGUUACAGUAUUUACCUUGCACUGUAUUUGUGAUGACCUUUAAAAUGGCGACGUAACCAAGAACUUUAUCUCGUUUAUAUGUCUCGACAAUUUUUAUUCGAGUCGGCAGGACAAUGUUCAAACAAUUACGAGACUAAAGUAUGCCAGUUAAGAAAAUUAGGUGGUGGUCUAGAAUAAUAGCACAAGUAUGGAACUGAAAUGUUUCAAUAUGAAAUGGAAUCGCAACCUAAAGAUGACUGCUUGCAAGGUACUGAAAGACAUGAUUACAAAAUAGGUUUAUGUUUAAGUUUAGCCCAUUGUAAUGAUACGAUAAAAAUAUUUUGUAAGGUUACAUAAUAUAUGCAGACACAUUUGUAAGGUGUAAUUCAUGAGAAUAAAACUUGAAAAAUGUUAUUGUA